GUUUUAUAGGCGUGGAAACACAGAGUGAGUCUGUCAGUCAGCAGUCAAGACACACACACGUACUCAGACACCCAGUUCAGUCUGACUAGUACCACACACCUUUCGGACAAUAUGGGAUUCCUGCUCAGUAAGAUGAUGGCUGUGUUCGGGGACAAAGAGCACAAAGUCGUCAUCAUAGGUCUGGACAACGCAGGAAAGACCACCAUACUGUACCAAUUCCUGACUAAAGAAGCCGUCCACACGUCGCCGACCAUCGGCAGCAACGUGGAAGAGAUCAUCGUGCGGAACACGCACUUCUUAAUUUGGGACAUUGGUGGACAGGAGAACCUAAGAGCCAGCUGGAACUCCUACUACUGCAACACUGAGAUUGUUAUUCUGGUUGUGGACAGCACCGACCGGGAGCGUCUGACUCUGAACAAGGAAGAGCUGCACCAGUUGCUUGCACAUGAGAACCUACAGAGUGCGGCUGUUCUCGUCCUGGCCAACAAACAGGACGUGAAAGGCUCGAUGACAGCGGCAGAAAUCUCCCACUGCCUCACACUCAACUCCAUCAAGUCUCACCCCUGGCACAUCCAGGCCUGCUGCGCCCUGACAGGAGAAGGUUUACCUGCCACUCUGGACUGGAUGAGGUCAAAGGUCUUGGCGAACUGAAACAACAAGACUUGCGUGACGACAAUGCUCCUGAAAAUGUUCCAACCUCAUAGACAGGGCACUGACAAGUGUCAAGAUUGUUUACGGUGCUAAACCUGGUGCCUGUCUCACCGCACUCACAGUAAAAACAUGUCAUACCUGAGAGAAGGAUGACGUCGUAACAAACAAACCGUCUUCUGCUACACCACCCUGUCGUGUUUAUAAAUUAGGUCGCUGACAUGGCGGUUGGCAUGCAUCCACCAGCCAAGAGGGAGGAAUUUAGGUCUUCAUUCUCUGGGAGCUCUGCUGAGUAUGUGUGAUUAUGUUUUAAUAAUCUGGUCAAUCGUCUAACAAGAUACUGCAUUAAACUUACAGAUAGUAUAUACGUAAGAAAAAGAUGUCUCCGCCCACUUGCUCACCCAUUUCACGGCUUCAAGACUUGAAAUAAAUAAUGUGACCUGCUACCACUCACACAAGAAGACAACUACUGUCAGGAACCAGCCGUGGCUAAGUAAAAACUCACUUGAAAUAUCAAAAACAUUGUAAAAGAAAAUGAAGUGAAGUCUGGCUACCGUAGCACACACGUUUGUGUAUUAUUUGUUUUUGUUAUUUUUCAAGUUUUUUUUCAAGUUUUUUUUUUUCAAUUGGUGAGUUGCAGAGGAGCUAAAAGUUCUUUGACAUGGAAAUGAUAUGAAGGACCCCACGACCACAGGGUAAAUGUGCCUGUUGAAAAGUGAAGGAAAAUGUUCUACUCCCGUGUCUGAGUAUGUGUGCUUUAAUUCCUUUUUUUUUUUUUAAAGAGUCAUAUGUUCACUUUUAACAUGCAUGUACUUACAUUCAAAACUAGUGCUUCGACUUUAGCUAUGUUUUAUUUCUGUAGAGGACAACACUGGAACUACACCAGCUAUAAGCUUUUAAUAAGUAAAACCAUACUGUACCAGAAUGCAAUAUUACAACCGAUCACUCAACCUACAGGUUAGCCAAUGAAGAUGAUGGAAGGAAGUUUGAGUAUUUUGUAGGAACCUCUAUAUUAAGAGGCAGAAACUGGUGACCUUCUUGGUGCAGGGCUAUAACCAUUGUGUUAAAGUGUGGUUCUAAUGUAUUCGUUUUUUAUUUUUGUUUUAUUUUAUUUUUUUAUAUUAAUAAAGAAAUUAAACCAAA